AUGCACAGAUCCAAGACAAACACGGCAGAUAGCUCCUCACUAUCCCCGCCACUCACCUCAGAGCCCGAUCAUCAAUUCCAGACCCCGCCGUCUGGGUUCAGGGAAUGGAUCUUCAUCGCCAUCCUAUGCUCAACACAGCUAUUUGUUCAGGGCGCAUUCGGUUACAUUCUUCUACCCCUGCGUAUCGUGGCAUCAACCUUCGGACAAGGCCCGACGGAAGCUAGCCGCAUGACGUGGCAUGUUGGUGGGUACAGUUUGACGGUAGGAACAUUCAUCUUGAUCGCAGGCAAGCUGGGCGAUCGCUACGGGUCCAAGCGUAUCUUGGUGGUGGGUUGGACAUGGUUCGGGGUGUGGUCUAUCAUCGGUGGCUGCAGUGCAUUGACACAUUCCCCGGUCUUCUUCGACACAGCUCGCGCACUACAGGGAAUUGGACCGGCUUUUCUGCUUCCUAAUGCACUCGCUAUUCUGGGCCGCACCUAUCCACCUGGUCCAAAGAAAAACGCCAUCUUUUCAGCAUUCGCCGUUGCUGCCCCCCUGGGGACAAGCACCGCCGGCGCCAUUGGGUCUGCUUUUGCACAGUAUGUUUGGUGGCCCUGGGUAAUGGGUGUUUACGCCUUGGGCUGUUUCAUGCUUGCAAGUUUAGCGCAGUGGAUCGUGCCGCAUGACCGUCCGAAGCUUGCUGAGGGGGCCAUUGAUGCACCUUUUGAUAUUUUGGGGGCAGUUCUCGGAGUUUGUGGACUGCUUUUACUGAAUGUCUCCUGGAAUCAAGCUCCUAUUGACGGAUGGAGCACGCCUUAUGUAUAUGUUCUACUGAUUCUUGGCUUUCUUAUUCUUGGACUGUUCAUUGUCCAGGAGCGUCGGACAAUAGACCCGAUACUUGAUGUCACGAUCUUCAACCGACAUGUGGCUGCUGUGCUGGUGACAACAGGACUAGGGUGGAGCAGUUUUGCGGUCUGGUUCUACUACUUGUUCCAAUUCAUCCAACAGUUCCGAGGGGUCAGUCCACUUGACUCAGCGGCGCAGUUUGCUCCUGGUGCCAUGUCUGGUAUUUUGGCGGCUAUUGCGACACCCUGGCUGAUGCGUUUUGUCCCAAAUGGUUGGCUGAUGGCAGUAGCAUGUGGCGCAUUUUUCACUGGGUGCUUGCUACAGGCUACGGCCCCUGUGGCCCAGUCAUACUGGUUUAACACUUUCUGGUCAUUUGUGGUCACGGCGUGGGGCAUGGAUAUAUCAUUUCCAGCCUCUGCAACUAUCCUAAGUAAUUCAGUGCCACCGAAACAUCAAGGGGUGUCCGCUUCCCUUGUUAACACAGUAGUGAAUUAUUCUAUCGCUAUCGGGCUUGGCAUUGCAGGUACUGUUGAAGCUCAAGUCCAGGAGCACCACCACGGAGAUGUUCUUGCAGGGUAUCGCGCCGCUUUCUGGACCUCCGUCGGGUUGUCAGGCACCUCAUUUGUCGUUGCAGUGUUUUAUGCAUCCACUACUGAAUGCACGAUUUUGCCCCGAGGAAAAUCGAGCCCAAUGUCCGAGGUACAGCAAAAGACGGAAACUGUGUGA